AUGGACGUGUACCGCCAGGCUGCGGAGAUCAUCAAGAUUGUGCGGGAGGGCAACGGCACCGCAAAGGCGCUCUGCCUCCGCAAGGAGAUGCAGAAGAAGAAGCAAACCUACGCCGUCGUGUGCGAAACGCUGCGCCAUUACGAGUUGCUGGAAGACGUGCUGGAGAACGCCGAGUUCUUCAAGUACUACCCGCAGGCGAACCGUGAGUUUGCUCUGUGCAUGGCCUACGACGUGGUGCUGGGCAAGGGCGUCAACACGAACAACGACAGCACCGCCCGGGCAGUGACGCAGUCGGCCUCGUUCUUGCGCGAGGCGUACUGGCAGGUCCACAAGCACCACGUCAUCCCGCCGCGCAGCAACGAAAAGUGGGAGGAGCCGGAGGAGGGGGGCGGCAGCAACAGCAAGAAGAACGGCAACGAUGGCGCAUCGUCGUCGUCUGCAACAACAGGGUCGCUGCGACUUCCGCGCUACGCACGUGUGAACACGCUUAAGAUAUCCGUGGAGGAGCUUGUUAGCCGUCUGCGCCGCUCGGCAGAGGCGCGCAAGCGAGCCCGCGAUGAGGGCGGCGACGAAGGUGCUGUGGCAGAACCCGCGGCGAACAAAAACGGUGAGGAUACAGGCAAGCGUACGCCUCACCGUGCCUCCUCCAAGCCGCACCGCUCGCUACCGGAGUUUACGCAAGACCCCAUUGUGCCCCAAUUGCUUGUCUUCCCGCCUGGCACCGAUCUGCACGCUCACCCCGCUGUUCGCAGUGGCCAGCUGAUCUUACAAGAUCGCGCCUCCUGCAUUCCCGCUGCAGUGCUGCUGGAUGCUGUCACGGUCGAUGUGAUGUGCGGCGAGGCGGAGGGAGGGGAGAAGCUGGCGGCUGCUCGCAAGCCGCCGGAGUACGUCGUAGACGCCUGCGCAGCGCCGGGCAACAAAACAACGCAACUCGCCGCGCUCGGUGCCCCCGACGUAAAGAUUAUGGCCACGGAACGCGAUGAGCGACGUGCCGAGCUGCUGGUGAAGCGCGUUGGCACUCUCGGCGCCGCGGACUACGUCAACGUCGUCAACUCGGACUUUUUCCUGCUCUCCUCGGACGAUCGCGCGGCAACGGAAGCCAUCUUGCUGGACCCGAGCUGCAGCGCAAGCGGCGUCAUGACGCGCGUCGAUGUCGCCGUUCAGCACCACCGCACGCGCCAUCCGAAAGACGAGCAGAAGGGCACCCAUGAUGCCGAAAAGGAGGUCGCCAAGGAGUACGACGGUGAUGACGGUGAUGAUGCAGCUGCUGCUGCAGCUGGGAGCAGCGGUGCGAUUAACCCUGAAACACAAGAGAACAACUUCUCGAUGCAGGAGGAGCGUGUGGAAAAGCUGUCGCGGCUGCAACGCAAACUCCUGGCCCACUCUCUUCUCUCCUUUGACGGCUGCCGCACCGUGGUGUACUCCACCUGCUCCGUGCACGAGGCGGAGAACGAGGAGGUGGUGCGUCAGGUGCUGGAUGACGAGCGCGUGCAGGCGCGUGGGUGGACGCUGAGCAACAUCAUGCCCAAGGAAUGGAAGACGCGUGGGAAGGAGAAGCAGGGAGAUAAGCAUCCGCUGCGGUACACCAUUCGCUGCGACCCGGUGACAGACGCCACAAACGGCUUCUACGUCGCCCGCUUUGAUCGCCAGCUGAAGAGCUGA